UUGCUUCUCCGGCUUCCUGCAGGUGCCGCCUCUCGGAGCCCCCCUGAAUGAUGCCCAGGGGCCGCGCGUGGACCUGGCAGGAGGUGGGCUGCCUGCUGGCGCUGGUCAGAGGCAGCGGGGCGGCGGCGCUGCUGAUGGCCUCCACCUCGCGCCCCAACGAGGCCCUGUGGCGCGCCAUCUCCGGGGGGCUGGCGGCCGCCGGCUACAGCCGCAACGUGGCCCAGUGCCGCUCCAAGUGGAAGGCCCUCAAGCAGGCCUUCUACUCCGAGUGGCAGACGUGCCAGCAGGCGGGGGGCCACUCUCCGCGGGUGCCCCCCCACUACAAGACCAUGAAGAAGAUCUGGAAAGCGGCCGGGUGCCCCGUGUUCGGGGAAAGACGCCUGCCAGAUCUCGGGAAGCUGCUGCCUUCGUGCCAGAACAAGCCCCACCCGGAGACUGAGGCAUCGCCGCCCUCCCCACAGCCACGAGGUUUACCAGCUGAGGGCCAGGAGACCCUGGUGGGGCUGGCAGGAGACCAGGCCCAGCCAGUCCCUGCUAGGGAGAAGGGCUCUCCAGAGGCUGCAGAAGAGGAACAGGCAGCGAUGGGCCAGCAGGCCUUGUCUGCACCAGGCACGCCAGGGCCCUGCAUGGUCAGCCUGCUCCAGAGCAUGCAGCAGAUCCUGGUGCAGAUCCUGUGCACGUCGCAGCAGCAGCAGCUGCUCCUGGAAAGCCUGGCCAGCGACACCGUCUCUCACCGGCACUGCAUUUCUGACAACCUGGUGCAAGUGGGUGAAAGCCUGCAGGAGCUGCUGUACCAGAGCCAGGACUGCUCUACCACCAACUGGGCUGAUCCCGUCUACGGAGGUCCGUGCCAGGCCUGCUCCCCUGGCCUCCCGCCCACCUCUCCCUGUCUCAAGGUGGAGGCUGGGUCGCUCCCGGCCCCUCGCUGCUUGGCCCACCCGCCUUGAGCCGACCGACCCUGAACCCACCCGCCUUUGCAGAGGUUUGUGGACUCCGCACCAGGGACUCCUUUGGCAUCUCUGUGUGAAGGCAGAGUCGAUGUU